CAAAAUACGCAUCAGUCGGAAAGCGCACGUUAAAUCUCCAAAGUAAAUAAGUUAGUAAGCAACUUUGUUUUACAGUCGUGAUGUUUAAGAUUAUUAACCACCCGGGACAAGUCGAUCCGACAGGUUGAAUGAUACGCAAGAUGCAAAAUGAAGUAAACGCUAGUAGGUACAGAAACUGAAGUAAGUUGGGCUCUCUUAGUUUUCUGUAUGCGUACACAUCAUCACGUCAUACUGGAUUUAAUUUAGUUUCUUAUUCUAAUACUGCUAAUCUUUGUCAGUGGCCAGUGAAAGUAUCACAAGGGAAAAUUCCAAUAUAUACAAAAUAUACAUUUUGUAUAUAUGGUAUGCCCCAAAAUAUACAAUUUUGUAUAUAUGGUAUAUCCAAAAAUAUACAAAUUUUGUAUAUAUGGAUAGAUUUUACCACUGCUUUACUCAGUUCCUUUUUACUGGAUUCUCACAAUAUGUGGUUGAUAUUGAAAAUAUUACUAAUUAUACCGGACAGUAUUAUUGCAUGUGACAAAUAUACUUUAAAACUAUGUUCAUUAUGACAACUAUAUUUGGAGUGUUUUACAUAAUAAAGUAAUAGAAGAUUUCAGCAGACUUUUGUAACUGUUCGAUAUAUAAUACGUUCGCCUACUGUUUACAAAUAAGAUGAUCUAUACAUACAAGUAGUUCAGAGUAGUUUUAAACAGUGACGGUAAAAUAUAUUUAUCGUGAAUAGCGGCAAAUAUAAAUAUAUACAAUUUAAUAUAUAUGUUUCUGUUAUGUCAUGGUAUGUUGAUUCUGAAUCUAAAAUAUUGCUUGAUAUUGUUUGCCAAACAGUUGUAUGCACUGUCCAUCGUGAUACCUCUACUUAAGUGUAUAAAAAAGGAUGUUUGUUUAGACAUGCGUUCAUUGUAAACAACGGCGCCGUGUUUUCGUUUGCUGGUUAGCUUUUACAGGUCAAAAGCAAAGUUAAUGGCAUUACUUUCGUGACGCAUUUUAGGCCUGUCAUACAGUUCCUGAAACAAAUAUAUCCAAUACAGCCGAUGCAAAUCAAUCAUAUUUGGCAAGACUACAUUACUGCAGUUAUAUAUUUUAUCAAUAUAAUCAAACAAUUGUUUUUUUUUGUGUAAAAUAUAUGUUCAUUUCAGAAACUAGAUGUUAGUCUAGCCAGCGGUCUAAACUCGCAUUAAUUUGGUUACACGUUUCAUGAUUUACAGUAUUCGUGAAGAAUAUGUAACAAUUAGCCACAAUUAGAGCCUUUGGUAGGAGAAGAGGGAAUGAUAAGCAUAGACCUCCUAAGUAUUUUAUGAUAUUUAUGAUAGCUCAAAAGAAACUUUGAUUUAUGUUUGUAGUACACCCCAAAGAGAGGGAUAACACAGGUGAUAUAUUAAGAUGACAUACAACUUAUAGAUACUUACGUGUAUAAACUACUAUCAAACAGUGAGGAUAACAGGUGUUUGCAUAGAGGUGAGUGUAUCCUGAACCAUCGGUUGAGCAAACACAUGCAAAGGCAAGUUAGUUGUUAAACCCGAAAAACACAGAAACGAUUAACACAAGUCAAAACAGAGAAUUUCAUCAGACAUUACUCCAUUUGCUACUUCUGUGGUAAUGACCAAUCAACCCAUUUAUACUUCCAAAAAUAGCUUUAACCCUUUUAAAGCUUUUGAGAAAUUCAACAGUAUGGGUUUGGUCUGACAAAGCAAGAAGCACAAAUGGGGCAUGUUUCGGCCAAUGAUUAGAGUAUUCUUGCAAGUCUAAGAGCCCAACAGGAGUUAUUUCUGCGACAUGCUAUUUCAAAACCCAAAAUUCAGAGGGAUAUAUAUGAAAAUAAAAAUUGAAAUAAUACAAAUAUAAAUACCUUCCAGGCGAAGGCUAUCACUUGAAAUCAAAUUAACAAAGCAGAUUUUAGUCAAUGACACAUCGCUUGGGGUAGAAGUUCAUCUCUGUCACCAUGCUAUGGUAUUUCUGGAAAGGAAAGUUAACUUACAAAGUUGUAAUAUACGUGAAAGGCUUAAUGUUGCGCAAAGAUAUAAACUCUAACUGACUGCUCAGUAACAUUCAUGUAAUAUUAGUAAUAUUCAAAUAAGUGUACUUGUUCUAGGUGUGUGUGACGUGGGUACAUUGUGACCUGUGUCACAGAAGGUCAGUUAUAAUCUCAGAAACCGCCAUGAUUUUGUAGUUCCAUUUGCACGGACAUCUACGUUUAAAAGGUCUUAUAUUAUAGAUACAUUAGGCCAAUGGAAUAAUCUAUCAUCAGGAAUCAGGGAUAGUCCGUCAAUAUCUUAUUUUAAAGCUGACGCAUCUGAGCAGCCUACAUUACCACCUAUGCACUAUAAUUGCGGUGAAAGAUCUACAAACAUAUUGCACACUAGAUUGAGACACAAUUGUAGCACACUAAAUUCCAACCUGUUUCGUGUUAAUUAUCUUAUACUAUUUCCUGUAAAUGCGGAGCUCCUUGUGAAAAUUCAUUCCAUUUCUUCUUCCAAUGUACCUUAUAUGAUGAUAUUAGGGAGACAUUACUGACAGCUAUCGAUAAUCUUGGAGGACAAAAAACUCUAAUUUGUAUUCUUUUUGUGAUCCAAGCUUAGAUGUUUUCCUGAAUACAAAAAUAUUCUUGUCUGUACACAAAUUUAUAGAAACGAGUAACAGAUUCAGUAGCUAGCAUAUUAUUGUUUCCAAACUGUUAAUCAUUAAUAUUGUUAAAUCUAUAUACAACACUAACAUGUAUAAUAUUAGGAUAUGUACGAGAUGCACACUGUUUCACUUUCCAGCACAUUGUACAUAUCCUUCAUAUGAGCACUGUAUAUAAAUUUAUAUUGCGCACUAUGUUUCCACAAUGUGAUGCUUCAACUGUAAAUUGUUAAUUUUCAUUAUGCAAUAUUAUGUAUAACUGUAUUUUGGGAGAAGGUGGUAAUAAGUGCUGCACUUGUGCCCAAUCCCUUGGUCUUUUUGGGCAAUACAAUAUGUUUAAUAAUAAUAAUAAUAAUAAUAAUAAUAAUAAUAAUAAUAAUAAUAAUAUGCAAACAAUGUAUUAUGAUCAAAGCCAUUGGUAUCCCUUCAGCAAGUGCGAAUCAGGUCCUAACACAUCUGUUUUGUCAUGUAUCACGCGCUAUACAGUCGAACCUCGCUUAUCCGGACAAUUUUCUAAAAUGUUGUCCGGAUAAACGAGUUUCUGGAUAUAUGAAUACCUUGUUAACUGACCAGAAGUCCUUCCCCUACCUCAGUUCUACCGAGGCAUAUGUGAAAUGAAUGGCAAAAAUAUGACUUAUGAAGGAUCUACCAAUUACUAAUAAAAUACAUUGUGCUGUACAGACCUACACAGCAUGCUGUGACAGUGCACUGCAUUAUUGAAACGGCUGAAGAAAUGCAUAUGUAGCCUAGUUUAGACUAUGCACUUGUUUUGUGUACAGAUACGACGGCGAGGUUGGGGCAACCUGACACACAUGAAUAUUAAUAGCCAUGUUUACCUGUACUAGUUGAGAGCAAAGGUUGAAGUCAUUCAUGUGUGAAAAAUGUUGUCGAGGCAUCUGUAAACGGCUAAAGAAAUGCAAAUGUAGCCUAGUUUAGACUAUGCACUUGCUUUGUGUACAGAUGUGACGGCGAGGUAAGGGCAACCUGACACACAUGAGCAUUAAAAGCCAUGUUUACCUGUACUUGUAGUUGACUGCCAAAAAUGCUGUCGAGGCAUCUGUACAUCUUCUUUGUCAAAUUGCAUUAUUAAAGUACAUCAAGAUGAGACAUCAUAUACAUUCAUAUAUAUUUGUUGAGCACGAAACCUUGAAGUGUAGCCAGGACAUUUCCUCGAAACUAUGGGCGGCCAUGUAGCUUCAAUAUCUUAUAAAUUAUAUCACUGAACAUAGGUCAAGGUGUAUUCAGUAAACAAAGGUCUGAAAGGGUGUAUUUCCUUCACCGAACACACUAUGCGUUCAUCACAGUUUGUGACGGAUUACGGAUACGAACGAACUGGCACUUGUUUGGCAGCCUUAGAGCUGAACCCGCUGAGAAAUGGACACAGAACAGCUGGCAAGUUUCUCGGAUGAUGAGAUGGAAGGUGGGAAUGAAGGGGGUGCAGAGUUGCCGCAACCCCUCCGAGGCCCCUCCCUGGAUGAGGCAGCUGGAUGGGGGUUGGACCUGCGCGUCUCACACGACGACAACGUGGACAUCGGAGUGGACUUCCGAGAACAGACGUCUCUACCACCCAAUGCUCGCCUGGACACACUCAAGGAACACGUGUGGAGAUCGAGUAUAGAAUCAGCAUCUGAACUGGAAACCACGGAGAGGAAACUUGUAAAUGCUGAUGAGGAAGGUCACCAUUUUGACCCCAGCGUUCAUCAUACUGAUGUUGUCAUUGUUGAUGAAGUCACUGGCAUCCAAACACGACAUGGAGUGUCUGAGAACCAGCGUCCAGGGAGUAUCAACACAAACCAAGACAACCCAUGUCCGCCAUCUGUCCAGGAUGAAAGUAGUUCCUGGCGACCCCCAGUCCCACCAGAUCCAGUGUUGACUGGCAUCGCUCCACCUUUGUCGGAAGGGAAGAAGUAUCACGUUUUCUUCUCCUAUGAAUUAGCUGAUCGAGACUGGGUCGACAUGGUCAGGCAGAAAUUGGAGGCCCCGGAAUUCGGAUUCAGGUGCAGCGUCCACGAGCGAGACUUCCAUGGUGGCAAGGGCGUCAUUGAGAACAUCACUGAGCACAUCCGUAUUUCUGAGAAAACUGUGAUGGUUCUGACGCCUGACUUCACUCAGAGCCGCUGGUGUAUGUUUGAGGUUGAGCAGGGGAUGGUCCUGAGCCUGGAAGAGCGUCAACUCCUGGUGAUCCCAGUGCUGGUGAAGGACUGCCCCAUCCCAGACAGUAUCAAGACUCUCACGUACAUAGACGCUUCAUCUGGUAACGAGUGGUGGCAGCGCUUCAUAGAUGCCAUAUUGUCAAGAGAGGAGGUGGUCAGUUUCUCUGGGACCAGGGAGAUAGCUAUCCAGCCUCGCUACAGAAACAUGGAUGUCGUGGCAACACUUUCCUCCGACUGGCGGUGUCCGAUGGGAGAGGAGUUGAGAGUAUCAUAUAUCCCUGAAGCUCUUCUUGCACCCGGUGUUCAGGUGACUGCUCAAGACUUCGACCAGGUCACUGCCAAGAUGAAGACUGCAGCCAAGCUGAGUCUGUAUUGCUGCAACACAACACCAUGUUGUAUCUUCACCUUUCUUGGGCUCAUCAUAACGCUAAUUAUGGACGUUAUUAUCGUUUCCUUAUCCGGAUUUGUGUAUGACUUUAACAUAUUUGCCGGUUGCACUUUUCCACUACCUUUCAUCAUGGUCAUGGUAUUCUUUGGGCAAAGAAUUUGGAGGAUCAAGCGUCUAAAACGAGCCGUGGUUGCACAAAACAGUGACCUCGUUAAGAACAAAUGCCUUGUUGGAUUCAAGGCUGUGUUGACCCCCUGUUCCACCCUCAGACUACAGAUCAUGUGAGCCACAACGAAAUCGAGAAAGAGCUGUUCUUAACUGAUGUAAAUUUACACUUAAUAGAGAAGGUUCUAGUAUAAUAGUAUUCUUAAAUGUAGUGUAGUAAUUUGCUUUUCUAGAACUGGACAAAGAACCAUGCCAUUUUUUAAUGUACAUAUAUUUUAAUGUUUUAUAUUUGUGUCAAAUGGGAGAAGAAAUGCUGUGGCAUAUCUACAUGUAGCUGUAACCAAAUAUAACCAUAUCCACAUUCGUAUAACAUGUUUUUUAACUUUUGAUGCCCAAUUUUGUUUCCCAUGGUUGUGGUAGAGAAGCAUCAUAUUAUAACAUUGAAGAUGGCAUAUUUAAUAGCUUGACCCAGUAUUUAAUAACCUUUAAAUAACUAUUGAUGUACAUGGGAAACCUUCCGCAUUCAACAUAUACCCUUGCGUUUUCUGUGCUAGAUUUUACACCCAAGAACCUUUCACAUGCAUAUAAAUGUAUUUUCUCAAUAACAUCCAAAUGUUCUAGGCCCCAAAUUUCUGAUCCAUACAAUAGAAUCGGGAUUAUUUUUGUAUCAAAUAUUUUAAAGUAAACAUCAUAUGUAACAUUGUCUAGAACUCUAAGACUUUUUAAUAUGCCUACAAAAAUUUCUUGGCUUGCAAUGAAAUGUUGUGUGCGUUCCUUGACCAAAUUAAUCUACAUGUCAAACACAAGCCUAAGUAUUUAUAAAAGGGAACAACUUCUACAGGCUUCCCUCUGUAACGUCAUUUUUCUUUUCUGUUAGCACCAUUAUUAAACUACUACAUUUGGUUUGAUCCAUAUUUACAGUAAGUUUUGACCCGUCACAAUAACUCUCUAAUACAUGUAUUUGCUUUUGCAAGCCAGGAAUUGUGGUAUAGAAUCCUUCCGUCCAGUCAUGUACCGCCACUGCUAUAGUAUCCUUCCACCCUGUCAUGUAGUGCACUGCCAAUGUAUCCUUCCACCCUGUCAUGUAGUGUACUACCAAUGUAUCCUUCCACCAUGUCAUGUAGUGCCACCCUGUCAUGUUGUAUCACUGCCAAUAUAUCCUUCCACCCUGUCAUGUAGUCCCACUGCCAAUGUAUCCUUCCACCAUGUCAUGUAGUGCCACUGCCAAUGUAUCCUUCCACCAUGUCAUGUAGUCCCACUGCCAAUGUAUCCGUCCACCCUGUCAUGUAGUGCACUGCCAAUGUAUCCUUCCACCAUGUCAUGUAGUGCCACUGCCAAGGCACCUUCCACCCUGUUGUUUAGUACUAUAGCUAAUGUCGAGUAGUAACAAUGUAGUAUUGUCGAAGCCGAUGUACCGUCAUCGCUGUCAUCUGACUCUGUCUG